GUUUCGCUUUCGUUUCUCCUAAGAUGGGUAGUUGGUAGGAAAUGGUGACGCUGCGUUGUUCGCUGGUGUGCAGAGUUCACUAAACAAGGUUAAUAUAUUUAUGCGUGGGACACGUUGCACAGCUGUGUUAACUGGCGAAACUUGCUGUGAAAGACACACCAAAAAAGUAUUUAUUUUCCUGCCUAACUCGAGCUGCAAUGCCUACCGUUAGGGACAAUUUUAAAACUGGACUGGAGUUCAUAGAACACCUGGAAAGAAGUGAACGAACCCAGAAAAAUGACAGGGAAGAGCUCAAAUCCAUCUACAACGAGGAAUUCAGAGACAGAGAUGGAAUCAGACGGCCCAAUUUCUCCUGCAUUGUGUUCGCUUUGAAAAAAAACAACAAGGUCAGAGUAAAGAGGGGAUCGCUACACUUCAAUCCACCGCGUUCUCUUUUCCAGAUGAUUAUUGUAGUUGAGGACAAUCCCAAAGAAAGCUGUCAAGGCGAGUCUCUGGAGUAUUUUGGAGACCAGUGGAGAAGACCUCGUAACCAGCCCCCUGCUAACAGCCCUGUGCGGAUGAAUGGAGCCUCUCCUGGUCCUGCUUCAGCUCCGACUCAUACUCCCACGCCGAAAGAACUGGGGAAGAAAAAGGCCAGAACCAUCAUUCAGCAGCUGAGACAGAACCGAUCCAGUAUCAUCUCAGAUAAAGGAGGGAUUGUGAUCAGCUCCGAGUAUGCCUUCACGGAGGGCAGGAUGAAAUUCGAUUUCGCUCCUGAGCAGACUCGCGUCCUGGUUAUUUCUGUGAAGAACGUGGGGCCGGACCCGGUGAAGUUCACCCUGUACGAGGCUCUCCGCAGGAUGCAUGUCUUUACCUUCAAAGACGAGCACAGGGUGACCAGGGCCUGCCCCCUCCUGCUCAAUCGAGGCGACACCUAUAAAAUUCAAGUCUCCUGUCUCAGUUCCCAUUACGGCUAUUUUCCUGUCACCGUGGUUUUCGAGUUCAGACCCCACCUUUCUGGAGACUCCAGACCGUUCUACAUUGUGCGUAUGCUGGUGGGGGUGGCGAACAGCGCCCUGUCUAAGGAACUGGGUCCUACCUCCCCUUACAAACCCUACCAGAACGCCAUACGGAGGCCAGUCAACAUUCAGGUGGAGGAGGGCCUUGUACCAGAAAGCAAUUAUCAGCCUGAACUGAAGGUUGUUCCAUUACCGAACUUUGACUACCCCCAAAUUUUGAAGGAUUUGGUGAAACAGGGGCUGGAGGAUUCCGACAGAUUAUACCCUGUCCUGAAACAGGAGCUGAGCAGAGUGCGGCAUUUGCUCGAGUCUCAGUUGGACUUUGAAAACUACAAAGAGCGAUUCCAGCUACUGCUGCACCUGGAGGAGAUCCAGAUGGAAGUGGACAUCAAGAAAUACGACAUGCACAAUGCUGUCAUGUACCCGGAUCCCCAGCAGAAGCGUUUCCUCGUGCUUCACGUGCCUGGUGUGGCUGAGAACAGGCCCUCUGUCUUGAAAGGGGACUACUUGCUAGCGUCAGAGAGUGAAGACCCAGGGGACCCUGUCAUCAAGUACAAGGGCUGGGUGCAUGCGGUGCAGCUGGAUAAACUGAAGCUGGGCUUCUCCCAAAAGCUGGUUAAUAAGCACAUAACCAACAUGAAGUUCGAAGUGACGUUCACUUUUAACCGCCUGCCGCUGAAACUCCAGCACCGCGCGUUGGGGAUGGCGGUAAAGCACGACCUGAAGGACUUCCUGUUCCCCUGGUGCAGUCUGGGAACCAACCUGGCCAUUCCGAACCUGAGACUGUAUGAUCAGAACCUGGGGAGGAACCCUGAGCAGGACCUGGCUGUGAAGUGUAUCGUGGCUGGAACGUCUCGACCAGCUCCAUUCCUGGUGUUCGGACCUCCAGGGACAGGCAAGACUGUCACCAUCGUGGAAGCCAUCAAACAGGUUCACUUCACUCUCAAAGACUCUCACAUCCUGGCCUGCGCUCCCUCAAACAGCGCCUCGGACCUGCUCUGCCAGCGCCUGCUGCAGCACGUGGACAAGCACGCCAUCUACCGGCUCAACGCCUUCAGCAGGGACCCGGGGGACCUCCCCGCAGACAUCCUGCCCUGCUCUAACUGGGACCCCAGUCUCCAGAGCAUUGUGUUUCCUGCCAAGGAGGUGCUGAUGAAGUACAGGAUCCUCGUCACCACCGUAGUGACAGCUGGCAGGCUGGUGUCCGGUGGUAUUCCUGCUGGUCAUUUCUCCCACAUCUUCAUUGACGAAGCCGGACACGCAGUGGAACCGGAAUGCAUCAUCCCUGUGGCAGGGUUGUUAAACAAAGACCAAGGGCAGCUGGUUUUAGCCGGAGACCCAAAGCAGCUCGGACCCAUCCUAAGAUCCCCGCUCGCAAUAAGACACGGACUGGGCGUUUCCUUGCUGGAGAGACUGAUGACGCAGAACAGUCUUUACCAGAAGGACUCCAGCACUGGAGGGUUCAACAGUCACUUUGUGACUAAGCUGCUCCGUAACUACAGGUCCCACCCAGCGAUCCUCAAAAUCCCAAACGAAUUGUUCUACGAUGGAGAACUCCAGGUGUUUGCCGAUGAAAUUCUCAGAAACUCCUUCUGCACCUGGGAGAACCUGCCCAAGAAGGGCUUCCCGGUCGUUUUUCACGGGGUGCAGGGGCUGGACGAGAGGGAAGGGAACAGCCCUUCUUUCUUCAACGUGUCCGAGAUCGACGUGGUUGUGUCCCACCUCAAGAAGCUGCUGCAGAAUCAGGGCAAGAAGGGCAUCCGCAAACUCUCUCCCAAAGAGAUCGGCAUCAUCUCCCCCUACAGGAAGCAGGUUCAAAAAAUCCGAAGUGCAAUUAACACUGUUGACAAGGAGCUGAAAAACAUGAUGGACAUCAAGGAGCUGAAGGUGGGCUCUGUGGAGGAGUUUCAGGGGCAGGAGCGCACUGUAAUCAUCAUCUCCACGGUGCGCAGCAGCAUGGACUACCUCAAAAUGGAUGAGGAUUUCAAGCUGGGCUUCCUCAAGAACCCAAAGAGGUUUAAUGUUGCAAUGACGAGGGCCAAGGCUCUUCUGAUAGUGGUGGGAAACCCCUUUAUUCUCAGCAAGGACCCAAUCUGGCAACGGUUCAUCCAAUACUGCAGUGAAGGAGGCGGCUACACUGGCUAUGAUUUCACUGAAGAGGAGGAGGAGGAGACCCUUGUGACCCGGCUUGCCUCUCUCGAUAUCAACGCAGAGCCUGAAGAUUCCUCCGGGGAAAGUGCUGUGCAGCAGCAGCAGGAGCCGGAGUGGAGGAAUGAACUGUGAAGCGCUGGCACCCUGAGAAUACAAUGAGACACACACUGGAGACUGGAGGACUCGCUGGAGCUCAGGGCCUGCACACCCAAUGAAAUGCACUGAAACCACCUUUCCUUGUUUUAUUGUUAUUAUCCCUGCUUUGGAUUUGUUAAUCACUUGUAAUGCAGAUUAGAUGCAGCCAGCCUCUAACAGUCACGGUGGUUUUUAUAAAACGGAACAGACCGUUUUCAGUUGAAUUGGUAUUUAGAGGUACGCGACAACUGAAAGCUGGUUUUAAAAAAAAAUAAAAAUUUAAUUUUGAAAUAUGCAACAUGCCAGUUUCUCUUGCAAAGUUCCGCUGGGUACAAAGUGGUACGUUUUUUAGUUGAAACUGACGACCAAAAACAAUCGGCUGCUACUGAAAGCACCUUGAUUUAUGUUCAAUCCUGCCUUCCCAGACGUAGUGAUGUACAACCAAAGAAUUCAAACACGUUUACAUCAAUGCAACAUUCGAGGGGAGUUCUGAAACUCUUCCAGGGCAACCCCUGUUGUCCUAAUUUCGUGCAAAACCAAGACUUUUUAAUCCAUUCUCCUACCUCUUAUUUGAAUAAAGUGCAGCUCUCCUUAGCUCUGUUUGUAUGUCAGCUUCAGAAUGUUUACAGAAAUCCAGAGCUAUCCACUUGUGAUGUAACUUGGAUAGAGAACAGCACAAUUAUUAAUAGUAUUAGGAUCUGGGGAGAUGUAGUGGAACCUGUCUGUGCUUUUGCACGUACAGUGAAGGUCCUGUUAAUCUCUCACGAUACUUAUCUAAAUUCAUAUUUCCAGCCAGGGUGAGGUUUGUGUGUUACCAGCAGACAUGUUCACACUGGUCUCGUUAUCACUGUUCCCACACCCCUUUUUAUUUACACUUUCAUUUGUGAUGUAAGAGUUUUUGAAAUCCAGCUUAUCCCAGUUCCUGUGCUGUAGGUCAUUCGACUGGUCCAGCUCCAAUCGGAUCAUUUAAUCUACAGCGCCAAAAGCACCAAGAAGCUACAGUUGCACCUUUUCUCUAAACUCUUAAUUUUUAUAUUAAAAGAACAAAUUGUAUUUUUAUCCAGAGAUGUAAUUUUAAGCCUUGGUUUUGCACUCUGCUUAUGGCCAGCAAAAUAGGCAAGUUUUGUUUAGGUCUCUGUGUGCUUCCCCUGUGCCCAAUUUUUUUUAUUUUUUUUUUGUGUUCAUAAUCUUAAAUGCUUUCAGAUCCUGAUGUAUUUUUCAUGUACUUAAUUCAUAUUUUAUAGCCUAGUUGAUGUUUAGUUUGUUUGAAACUGAGGUUUUGGCAAUUGCUGCUAAUAAAGUUUCUGCAUAGAA